AUGGUCAACUCCUGUUGUGGCUCCUGCUCUGACCAGGGCUGUGGCCAGGAGACCUGCUGCUGCCCCAGCUGUUGCCAGACCACCUGCUGUAGGACCACCUGCUGCCGCCCCGCUUGCUGUGUGUCCAGCUGCUGCCAGCCCUCCUGCUGUGGUUCCAGCUGCUGCAGGCCUAGCUGCUGCCGCCCCUCCUGCUGUGGAUCCAGCUGUGGUGGCUCCAGCUGCUGUGGCACUAGCUGCUGCCGCCCCUCCUGCUGCAUUUCUAGCUGCUGCCGCCCCUCCUGCUGUGGAUCCAGCUGCUGUGGAUCCAGCUGCUGCCGCCCCUCCUGCUGCUGCCCCUCCUGCUGCCUGCGCCCAGUCUGUGGCCAGGUCUCCUGCCACACCACCUGCUAUCGCCCCACCUGUGUCAUCUCCACCUGCCCCCGCCCCAUGUGCUGUGCCUCCUCUUGCUGCUGA